GAUUGGCUUACAUUAUUCCACGUGAUACCUUCCUGCUACACUUACAACUACGACUGAAUGAGAAGUUCACUAGAUGUACUACGGUCGUGGUUUCAUUCAGAAAUAAGAAAUGCCUCUAAGGAAAGCCGUGAUUGUCCCGGGGAACGGAUCUGGAGACGUGGAGCGGUCUAACUGGUACGGAUGGGCCCGCAAACAGAUCGACAAGAUUCCGGAUAUGACCUGUAUCCUGAAAGAUAUGCCUGACCCAGUGACUGCCAGGGAGAGUGUGUGGCUGCCCUUCAUGGAGGAGAUGGGAUGUGAUGAGGAGACGGUUAUCAUCGGUCACAGCUCUGGAGCCGCUGCUGCCCUGAGGUAUGCAGAGAGCCACAAGGUGUUUGGGAUCAUCCUAGUGGGAGCGUACGUCUCUGACCUGGGAGACGAGACGGAGCGAGCCAGCGGAUACUUCAAUCGUCCGUGGGAUUGGUCAAGCAUCUCGAGCAACGCGGGUCACCUGGUCCAGUUCGGCUCCUCUGACGACCCCUUCCUGCCCUGGGAGGAGCAGCAGGAGGUGGCGGACAACCUCAAGACGGAGCUCCACCGCUACUCCGACCGCGGGCACUUCCAGAACACCGCGUUCCCGGAGCUCAUCGCUGCCGUCAAAAAGCUCAAGGCAGCGGCAUGAUGCGGUCGCCCAGGGCAACGGCUGCAAGACGAGCCUUGUGUGGAGGGGCCCUGUGUGGAGGGGGAGGGGCUCUGUGGAGAGGGGCCUUUUGUGGAGGGGCCCUGUGUAGAGGGGGAGGGGCCAUGUGUAGAGGGGGAGGGGCCAUGUGAGGAGAAGGAGGAGCUGCACUUCAGCUGAAUGACUCAAACCUUUUCUAAAAUAACAAAUCGAUCCGAAUAAAGUUGCACGAGUCUGAAA